AUGAUUAUGGACAAUUCCAAAACCACCAGCAAAACAACACUGCUGAAAUUGAUGCUUUUACGCGCGUGGAAAGAGCGCUGGACCGACUGCCAAUGGGGAAUUAAUGUGAAAACGAUACUCACACGUGGCGUUAGUGGAGAUGUGUAUAAUUUGGCGGAUGCCAUCAUCCAGCAAGCGGUAGUAGGGUCAGGAGCUAAUAUGCUGUUUCUAUCUUAUUUGAAACAUUCACUUUGCGCCCAUCUGAUAUCCCAUGCAACUGUGCUCAAUCGCAUUGCCAAGUACGAGCAGUUCAACAAACACCACUGUCUGAUUGCUUUACUCGACUUCCUAAAGUCCAUCAUAGAAGGAGUGACCUGCCGAGGCAAGCAGGAGGAAUCAAUUCUCACAAACGCCACAGUUUCGUUGGUGAAUUGGUUGUUUCAGAUCUACGAAUGUAUACUGCAGUCGUAUGCAGAGAGUCGCACGCUGCAAACCGAAGAACAAGACGUGGUACAGCGCGUGGCCAGUGUGCUCGAACGCAUCGCCGAAAGCCCGUUCCUGUUGGGCGUAAUCUCAAUAGGAAAAUUCGAAGAUCCAGAACAGUUCAUCACGCUACAGAAGCGAUUCAAUGGUAUUAACAAUCUCACCAUCACCACUGGUUAUGUGGCGCACGUGGGAAGCAACCAGAAAAACACCACCGUGACUGAUUACAUGCGCAAACUCGUUAUGCUCGAGGUGGACGGAUUGGAGAUGAAAUUGUUCGAUGCGAGCAAAGUGGAACCGAUCACGUAUAGUUUGCAGCCGAUGAUUGCCAUCGAGGUACUGCUGAACCCUAUGUGCGACACGAACCAGUACGCUUCACAGCUCAUCAAUCUGAAGCGCCUCAAGGGAUUCUCGUACGCGAGGCUAUACUACGAGAUCAUGCGUGGGUGUCUGGUUUCGCUCAAUAAUGUCGAAGGAACGUCGAAAGAGUCGAUGCUGUGCGCAUUUACGUUCAUCAAGGUUCCGCACGUGUUGCGUCAGAUUCACACCAAAACCAACGGCAAAGAGCAAAAGGACGAAGCCACAAGCACAAAUUAUAGUGUCGAGGUUGUGGAAGCUUUCGAAAUGCUGCUCCAAGACACCCCGGUGUUAGACUACAUGGACAUGAAGUGUGCGUGCAACGUUGUCGAAUGCUUGCUGAAGGAGAUGGUGAAGAAUAAUCUGGUGACAGAAACGCAGCAGAAACAUUUCGUUGCGCUGCGUGAGCCGGCCACGCUGAGUCUUCAGAAACUCGAAUCAAGCAACGCCCAACUUACGCUGAUGCUAAAGUUUGUAUUUCGAGUUGAAUCGCCUUUGGUGGGAAUACUGAAAGCGCUCAGUACCGAUCACAGCAAAGUGCAAGAUGCACUGUUGGCCAUGCUCUGCCAGGUGCUUACGGGUAACAGUCUCGAUUUGGUACUUUCUGUGGCAUCGGUUGAGGGCAAGUUUAAAGCAUUCAUUUCGGGCUUGCUCAAGUGCAACGAUUACGCCAAACAAGCGACCAGUGUGGAGAUGGGCAAGGCGAGCACCACCCGUGGGGCAUUGUUCGAUGUUACCUUCAUGAUAUUGGCUUGCAUCGCUCAGAGCUACGGUUCGGAUGUCAUUCUAGCCGAGAAUGGAAAUAGUUUCUUCGAGAAAUGGGUGCGCGAUUUCAUGGUGGAACGGAAGAAAAGCAAAUCUCCUAUGACCAUGGUUAAGCAGGCUGACCCUAUGGUGCUGGAGGAGCUGAUAAUGGCUCUUAAUAACACUGAAGGCGGUGGGUUAAAGGCAUGCAAUUUACGUUGGGAAGACAUCUGCUACACUAUCCCGGCCCUGCUGCACCAGGUGUUGAUGGCUUGGGAAAACGAAACACUUUCUCCUGUGGAGAUAAAAAAGAUGCUCGACGGACUGAAGGCGCAAUUUUGUUCGUUUGCAGUUUGUGCCUCGUCGUGGCUGUGCGCCUACAUGCUGAUGGUACGUCAAGACGAGCAGGUGAAGCCGAUGAACAUGGUACAACAGCUAUGCAGUGCCCUUUCGGGACCACAGGCUGACGAAUGGCAACAGCAGGAUUACUGUAAGGAGCGGUUUGGGUUGAUGGGACAAAUAAUACGCCGUAUGCAGCAGGAGCUACAGCGUAUGCCUCAGAUCAACCCAAAGCUGCGUGCCCUCUUUCCUAGCCAGCACAUGGUCUCGCAUUUAUCGUUCGAAGAACAGUUUGAGGAAGCGUGGAAAGCGAUCGCCGAACGUGGUUGGCUUCCGGUUGAAACAACGUUCCUGCUCGACACGCUGCUCCAGUCGUGCGGCCCUGUUUGGUUGGUCGAGAAGCUAAUUGCGAAACUGUUUUUAUGCAAGUACAUUCGAGACCUGAACAAAACAAUGGGUGUGAUCUUUGCCAUCAUGCACCUAGACAUCGAACGAUGCACGAUCGCGCUGCUUUCUCAACUUAUUCCAAUGAUGUUGCUCAACAAACAGCAAUUGCCUGAGAUCGUCGAUCCACAAUCCCGUGUGUUGGCAAAACUCUGCGUCUACUGCAUCAUUGUGACCAUGGAGAUGUCGAUGACUUCGUCCAAAAAGCGCACACGCGGCGGAACAGCUACCGAUGCUGACACCGAUAUUGAUUCGAUGUGCACCAGCGCUAAGCUCCGUAAGAUUGAUCUCGACGGCAUGGGUGUUGUCGGUUGCGAUGGUGGCAGUAACGAGUUUGCGCUCGAAAGUGCAAUGGAAUCGGCAGCUAGCUGGGAUACGGCCGCAAUCACCAGCCUGAAAGAACCGCUGCAGGGCUGCCUACAAAUGCUGUUUCGCACGUUCACGCAACACAUCACCACGGACGAGCUUUCGCCGAAGGUGUACUUUGUGUUCCAGUUCCUAUCGCUGCUGGUCGAGAGUGGACGGGAGCGAAUCAUGUGCGUGCUGAAGUUAGUUCCGAACGGAUUGGUGCAGAAUCUGCUGAAAAUCAAUGCAACCGACGAGAUGACGGUAGGACUCAUUCUAAGACUAUACGAUCUCAACACCAGCAGUGGUCGUCAGUUUGCAAUGUCAGACAUUUCUCUCCUGCGCAACAUUCAAAUGCGAAAGGACAGUAUUAAGCUGUAGUAGCAUUAUAACGACACAACGGGAACCGU